AUGAGAAUAGCCUCGGCAAGAUUUGUUAGAACUGGUUUGCGUUCCUUUAAACCUAGAACUUUUGCAUCAGGUAGAUUACCUUACACUUACGUAGCCACAAGAGCAUUUCAUUCAUCGAGAAUAAGAGCUAUUGAUUUUGAUCCUUACAAGACGUUGGGAGUAGACAAAUCCGCUGAUGAUAAACAAAUCAAGAAAGCAUACUACGACUUGGUCAAAAAAUACCAUCCUGAUGUGAACAAAGAAAAGGAUGCAGAAAAGAGAUUCCAUAAAAUCCAAGAAAGUUAUGAAUUAUUGCGAGACAAAGAGAAGAGAGCACAAUAUGACCAGUUUGGAGCUUCUGCCUUUGAUGCAAAUGGAAAUGCUAAUCCAUUUGCAGGACAACGAGGGAAUCCGUUUGGUGGAUUUGGAGGAGCAUCAGCAGGAGGCAAUCCAUUUUCAAGCAUGGGAUUUGAUUUUGAAGAUUUGUUUAGAGAAGCAUUUGCAGGUGGAAGGGGUGCAGGAGGUGGCGGCAGAGGUGGUAGGUCGUUUGUAACCGAACAUGUUGGUGACAAUAUUGAAGUUUUGAAAACCAUUCCCUUUAAAGAUUCUAUAUUUGGUACUUCUGUGACAAUAAAUUACAAAGCAGUUGAUUCAUGCACAACAUGUAGUGGAAGUGGAUUGAAAUCAGGAGCCAAAAAGAACACUUGUCCAACAUGUCAUGGUGCUGGUCAGACUACUCAUGUCAUGGGCGGAUUCCAUAUGUCUUCCACAUGUCCAACAUGUCAAGGUGCUGGUGUUACUAUAUCGAAAAGUGAUGAGUGUGGAACAUGUCAUGGUCAUGGUGUUAAAGAAAUUCCUAAAUCUAAAACUGUUGAAAUCCCUGCUGGUGUUAGUGAUGGUACUAGAAUUAGAAUCCCUGGUGCUGGUGAUGCCCCAAUGGUAACCAAAGACCCUUAUAACCAAUUGGUGAAUGGUGAUUUGAUCAUCAGAAUUAAUGUUCAAAAGGACCCUAUUUUUAGUCGUAACAAAAAUGAUUUAGUGAUCAAUGAAGAAAUAUUGAUGACCACUGCUGCAUUAGGAGGAGAAAUCGUUGUACCAACUUUGGAUGGACAAAAGAUAAAAUUAAAAGUGAGACCUGGUGUUCAAAAUGGAAGAAAAUUAACCAUACCUGAAAAGGGGGUACCAAUAAAUAGAAACUUGAAUAACCGUGGUAACUUGGAAGUUAUUUUAAAUGUCAAGACUGUUGUCCCAGAAACUCCAACACAAAAGGCCUUAUUAGAGGCCUUGGCUGAUACAUUCAAUGACAAGAAUGCCAAAAGAACAGACGCCGAUUGGAGUUUGGAUAUCGAAGAUGACAAAAAUGGCAAGAUAAACGAGACAUUUGACGAAAGUGAUUUGCAUCCUUCCAAGUUGAAAAGAAUAGGGAAAGUAUUAGGCAAGUUUUUCAAUUUUGAACAGAAUGACAAAGAUACAAAGAAUAACAAAUAA